GUGUCAGUCCUGGACCAAUAACUGAUCGGAAAUAAUACAAUGUUGAAGUCUGAGGUGCUGUCACUGGACUGAACUCAAUACAUCACUCAAGAAAUCAAUACUGCUCAUCAACAACACCAAAGACAACCAAUACUCUAAACACAAAGACUUCCCCCCAAAUAAAUAACAUUUAACUCUUGCUUUGAUCUUUUGAUAUUUAAUGCAUUAAUAUUCUUUUAUAACUGUGGCUGUAACAAGGAGAGCAGUGUUACUACUUAUAUUUAUAGUCUCUCUCUCUCUCCCGCAUCUCUUCUGUCUGCAUGCACUAUUUCUCUCUUUCAUCCUUUGCUGUGCAUCUCUCUUUUGAGGUUCGGUUCGGUUCAUCUGUCCUCAGCAUCCGUUCAUCUUCAGCAUCACUAUGACCAGCACAGUUUCAGGUUACUGUGAGAAGUUAAGAGAGAUGUCUGUGUUGUCUCUCAUCUGCACUUGUUUGUAUUCUCACCCUCAUCCAAAAACCAUCAGACAGUUUGAUGAUACGGAAGUGAAGUCGCUGAAUAAGCGACCAUCUGGUCAGGCUCCUACUGAUUUAUCUCCGGAGAGACUGAAGGUCCUCGUCUUACCACCACAGAAGAAGAAGAAGAAGAAGAAGAAGAAGCCUUCACUGAAAGACCUGCAGAGGAGACUACAGGCUGCUGAAGAAAGACGAAAGUGUCAGGAGAUGCAGGUGUUGAGGCAUCUGACAGAGAAACGUGAGCGUGAGAGGGAGGUGCUUCAUAAAGCACAGGAGCUCAACAACAACUACAGCAAAAUGACAGAAGAGAAACUCAAUCACAAGAUGAAGCAGAUCCAAGAAAACCGCACGGCUCGUCUUAAUGCUCUCAAACAGCGUCUGCGAGAGAAGGAGAUCCACGCCGCCGAAGUUCGCAGGAAUAAAGAGCUUUACACCGAGCUCUCUGGAUAAAGACACACAGUCUGAAAACAACCCCAAACAUCUAAACAUGAAUGCAUUUGGGGAAUGGCCACACUUUCUUAAGAUUUGAACCAAUAAAAAUCCCCAUCAGCCAAUAUAACAUUUUAUAACUAUGAGCAUUAUUAAGGUGUUGAAACGUGGAUGCAGGCUGUUGCGUCACUGAGGUGAAGUGCUGAUGUUGGGUUGAUAGGUCGGGUUCACAAAUGGCUUUCCAGUCCGUGUGUUCAGGUCUGCUGUCUAGCAUGACACUCACGUUCUUUCACACUAGAUUUAGUAAAGCAUUUCUUUAUGAACCUCAUUAUGCGUAGGUGCGUUAAUAUACUGGAAAAGAAAAGACUUUACCUACACUUUUACAAAGCUGGUGGCCCACAAUUCUCUAGAAUGUUAUUUUAUGCCGGACAAUUAACAUUUAUGUAAUGAUUUCAUUAAUGACGCCUAAAUAUCCAAACCCAUACAUUUCAAAAGUGUUUCUAAAUAUGUUUCUCUUAUCUCUCUUUAUUAAAAGCGUAGACCUGAUGUUCUUAGUUAGUUUUAGAUGGGCAAUGGUGUGUUACUAUACCUUUAGUUAAGAUGAUUAUAAACAGAGGUAGAUCAGCUAGUUGUGAUUAGUAAAUAACAAAAACCAGCAUAACAGUGUCCAAAACAUAACGUAUACUGAUUGAUAUGUCUGUUUUUAGUGACCUUAAAGAGAAACACCUAAACUGCUUGCUAAAUACUGAAAAUAAUGCAGAGAAAUGAGAUUAAAGCGUAAGAGGUUUCACUCAAUGAAUUCUGAUGAUGUUAAAUCAUUGUUGUGGUUCAUCUGGUUCUUCUGGUUGAUCUUGUGGAUAUGAACACAUAUAGCUAAGAUGCUGAAGAUAACACAACAGAUCUUAGUUAGAGACCGACUUAUUUAUCCUUUAUUUAUUUUUCUCUCAUAUCUGCAGUCAUGUCUUUCUGAUACACUAUUCAUUAAUGAGAACAGCUGUGGUUGUGUUUCCAUUAAAAAAAAGCAUUAUGAUAACUUAUAUUACGGCUGAUAAGACAAAGAUAACCUUCUUCUAGUUACAUAACAGACAGAUCACAUGUUUCUCUGUGUGUGUCAUUGUUCAAGUUAUGAGCUGAGUUUCAUUUUACUGAAACUGAAACCAUAUACUGUUUUUAUUUACCGUUCACUGUGUCCAUGAACAUUUUAUCAUUCAGAUAUUGCUUUUGCUUAGAUCAUUUAAAUAAUAAAACCACCAAACUAACAAUAGUUUAUAUUGAGCUAUAAAUGAAUGAAGAUCUCAGUUUUUUCAACUCUUACAGGAUCUAUUUUUAGAUAUGAAGCUAUGUGAAAAAUGUGUUAAAGUUAUUAUAUUAUCAGGGCAUGGCAUGUUUAGGAACAAAUUCAUUUAGGUUAGUUUAGUUUGUGCCCUUUGGGUUUGUAAGUACCAUAUUUGUUCAUUUUCCAUAUAUAAAACAACUCAACUUAUUCUCAGUUAUAGUUUGUUUUCUUGUUUUUUUUACCAGUUCUGUUGUUUACCAGCCAAUACAGAGACAUUUCUGAGUGGAGAUGUUAACCUAACAUAAUAUAACAGUUCUAUUGAGUUCAGUGUAGUGUAAUUAAUUUUAAA